AUGGCACUCGGCGACCAACAGUGGAAGUAUGAUCUCCUCGCCAAGCUGAGCCCUGCCUGCACGAUCAAAGCUCCACACACCAUCAACUGCGCCAUCUCCGACUGCAAGCGCCAACUCGGCGCUACAAAGCGCUACACCAUUGCCGAACGUCUCCUCGACCUGCCGCAUUUUGUCGGACUGGGUAACCACGAUGCAUUCGAAUAUACGCUCGCCCGCCUCUGGCGAUGGAUGAAGUGUCCAAACCACAUCGACCGCCAGGACCUCGAAAGCGUACCGGAGGAGUGGGUUACAGAUGGGGCCGCCUGGAGCAUUGUAGCGGCCAUGGACAUACCGAGCGGCAGCGAGGAACAAGAGGUGGUCAGCGGCAGCGAGGAACAACAGGUGGCCAGCGGCAGCGAGGAACAAAAGGUGGCCAGCGGCAGCGAGGAACACACGGUGACCACAAAGCGUGCUGCCAAAGUCGACAACGUGGGCGAGACGAACAGUCCUGCUCGCAACAAGCGCUCUCGCAAGGCUAAGAACAAGCGCAAGGUCAAGGGCAAGAGCAAGAGCGAGGGAUCCGGCGCCGAGGGCGAUGGGCGCGAGAGACGAUACAUCUUCCAGACUCCAGUGACUCCAGCCAGCAAGGUCUUCGCAUCGUCGCCGCCAGCCCAGCAAUCUCAGCAGCGACCUUCCCGUCAUCUUGGAUCUCUGUUCAGCACGCCUCCUAGGGCACACACUCUUGCCUCCUCCAGUUCCUUCUCCCAGCAGCAGACUUCCCGUCAUCUUGGAUCUCCAUUCCGCACGCCUCCUGCGGCAGACACUCUUGCCUUGUCCUCCAACACCACAACCCCAGCCCCGUUGACGGCAACCCCGACACCCAUUGCCUCCCGAGCCAUGGCGACAGCAGUAGCCAACUCUUCACCUGCCACGACGACCACAAUGCACCCCAGCUUCGACCAUCUUCUUCCACCACCAGCACUCGCUGCUACCUCCUCCAGCACCAACUUCCCGGCCCAGUCUGACCCUCUUCCAGCGGCUGCAAUUCCUCCAACAUCAGCGCCAAUGCUUCGCCAAUGCCCAGUCUGCCACGUGCAACGCGAUGAGCUCUUGGACGAAGCUUCCGGCGGAUGCUUCAACUGUUGGCUUGCCGAUGUCAACUUCAACGCCAACAACAACCCCUACAUCGACUACACCAAGACUGUUUGA